AUGUUCGAUCGCAUCAUGUUGCAAGCUGCCACGAUGAUGGCGUUUUAUGGAUUUAUGCGUGUGUCUGAAUAUUACGGGAAAUAUCUAACUCGUCAGCGUGUAUCCAUUUUGCUUCAAAGUUGCUUCGGUCACACAGUGUCAACCCAUUCGUUUCGAAUUGGUGCAGCUUCAACAGCUGCUAACGCCGGCAUCACAUUGACCGAUGUUCAAAAAAUGGGACGUUGGACUAGUGAUGUGGUUAACAGAUACAUUCAGCAGUCUUCUGUAUCAAAUUCUCAUUUGUACAAUCUAAUCUUCUAUCUCAGCGUGGACCACGGUCUGGUGUGA